GUAUUUGAUUUAAGGCAGUGCCAUCGACAAAUGCAGCAGCAAGCAGCUACUGCACAAGCAGCAGCUGCAGCACAAGCAGCAGCAGUAGCUGGAAACAUACCUGGUCCAGGAUCUGUGGGUGGAAUAGCACCAGCAAUCAGUCUUUCAGCAGCUGCAGGAAUUGGUGUAGAUGAUCUCCGCAGACUAUGCAUUCUUAGAAUGAGUUUUGUAAAAGGAUGGGGUCCUGAUUACCCAAGACAGAGUAUUAAGGAAACCCCUUGCUGGAUUGAAAUUCACUUGCACCGUGCUCUACAGCUACUGGACGAAGUUCUCCAUACAAUGCCUAUUGCAGACCCCCAACCUCUGGACUAAUCCCUCCCUGCAGGGCAUAAUGUAGCCAUUACAUUGUCAAUAUUGAGGACUGACAAAUCCAAUCAUGUUUGUAACCAUAAAAUAUAUAUAUAUAUAUAAUUAUAUAUACAUAUCUCUUUGUUUUGCCUACUCUUCAAAUCCGGAUUCAAGAAAAAUGUGUUAUCUUCCCACUUUUUAUAGGAGAAAAACCAAGGUAGUGGUUCCUUUUUUUAUUUACAGAAACCACUUUACCUUGUAUUUUAUUUGUCUAUAGUAAAGUAUGUGUAGAUUAAUAAAAUACAUGGGUUAUUUCCUUUGUUGUAAAACUACAUGCUGUAAUCAAAAUCAUUGCUCCACUAACCUUGGUUGAUGCAAGGGUAUUGUUGGUCAUCAGUAAUGAAAUAUUUAUAUGUCCCUUAUGUAGAUAUUUAGCACACUACACUGGCCUGGAAUGUACUCGUGCUUUAUAGUGUAACCAACUCGAGCAUUAAAUCUUCACUAAGCAUACUAUCAUCUCUUUAGCCACAAAGGUUACAAUUUGAAAAAAAAAGAUUUUUUUUUUUUAUGUAUUUUUAGGAUUUUCCGCUUUGCAAUUCCCAGAUCAGGUUGUUUAGUAAUGUCAUUUCCAACCUAUUUCUUUUAUUUGCACACAUCAUUGAGAGAGCAUUUUACACCACACAAUUUUUAUUUUUUUAUUAUUAGCUUUAAUAAACUUAUAAAAGAAACUUUCUUGUUAUAAGUCAAUACACUGACGAACUUUACACAGUGCUGUUUGCUAUAACCAGUAAUUUUGUGCGUGCAUCAUUUUAUUGAUGAAAGCUGUAGAGGUGCUCUGGUUAAAAAUCCACUGGUUUAGAAUACAACUGUAAACAGUCUGCAAUCUUUCCAUUGUUUAAAAUGUACAGUAUUUUGAAAAAAUGUAUAGCUAGCAUUCUUACUAAAGCUUUUCAUGUAUCCCCAACAUAGAAUUUUAUGUAUUCAAGAAAUACAGGCCCAUCCCAACGGAAAUAGGGCAGAUAGCUGCUUUUUGGCGUUUUUACAUUUUGCCAUAUUUAAAAAAGUGUUAAAUGAUUUGAUACAUUUUGCAUAUGUCUGAUAGCUGGUUUAAACUACCUUUCAGUAGGUAUUUAACCAUUUAUAAAAAAUACUGUUGGUAUAUAGAGGUUUUGUUUGUUCUUCCUUUUUUCAUUCUUUCAGAUUUGCUGCAGUAUUUUGGUCAUUUGGUAAACUUGUAAAAUGGGUUUGAUUGUAAAUUAGCAAUAACUACUUUGGUUUAAUUUGCUAUCAUCUUAACAUCCUCUUCAAUUUCCAUAAGAUUGCCAAAUGAAUACCAGAUACUGUUUUUAAGCAUGUGCAAGCAUCUGCUGGGAAAUAAAUUUUAAAUACCCAGUUUGAUAUUGUCCUUCAAUACAGCGUGUCAUCGUGUGACUUUUCUUCUAGUUUACUACAUUGUUUUAAUAUACAGACUUUGGCCACUAUGAACAUUGAAAGUCAUUUAUGUAUAAAUCUGUUCCAUCAAUGCAUUUUUUUUAAGGUUUUUGUUUUUUCAGAAUUAAAUAAAUUACAGUAACCAUAACAGUCCUAUUGUAAAAUAAUGAAAUAUUGCUAGAAUAACACUUUGUAAAUAUAUAUAUAUAUAUAUAAAUAUAUAUAAAAUGUUUUUAUGUUUCCAAUUUGUCUUAACUUGUCCUGAAUAAAAAUAAAACAAAAACAUGUUUUACAGAA